GCUAAUCUUGACACAUAACUUAAACUAUAACAUUUUAUUUCGGGUACAUAACACUAUAAAGCAAGGCUGUAUUCAAAAUAACCAAUUUUCAGCAACAGUGGAUUUAGAGAUAUUAAGUAAAAUAUCGCAAAUAUACAUAGAUGCGUGAAAACUGAAAAAUAUAGGUUGAUUUGGUUUUAACUAAAUUGUCCAGUGGCUGGAUUUAUAUUUAAACUUCUGCUGAAAUUUUAGAUUAGUGAUAGGAAUUAGUGGUACACUGUGAUACCAUAAUUAUUGUUAUGAUAAGUGACUUUUAUACUAGCUCCGAUUUUAUGGUUUUAUGGACAAAACCCAUUAUAAAAGCUGUUAAAGUGCUGUUAGUCGGGCUUUAAAUCAUAUUCAAUGUCAUGACCACUUGAUAAGUAAAUAAUCAUUGUAAAUUGAAGAUGGGGUCAGUUAAUGCAUAGCUCUGUAGGCAUUGAAAGACAGUUGAAACUUUUAAGACCCUAGGAUGAAAACAAUUUCUUCACCUUCACUAAUUGGUUUUGCAUUUGAAUCAGUAUUUCAGUAAAAUACGUGAUAGAUAUCUUCCAUUGUCCAAGGAUGAACUUUUGCUUUCAAACAUGAACUGAUAGAUGUUGGACAACUGAACACUGUCUCAGACAUUCAUUGAAAUAGGGAUUAUAACUGGAUUUAAGUGUUCUGUUCUUGGAUAUUAAUUAAUAUAAAAGCAAUUCUUCUGCCUCCCGGACAUGAAUCAGAGACCUAAGUUCUUGAAGGGGCUGAAAAGGUCUGUGACCUUCAACCUUGGACAAAAGUCACCAAAGCCUCGAUGGAAAGGAGGGGAAGUGAAGGUCCUACGAAGGUCGGGCACGUCGCUAAAGGAUGGCUCACAGCCCGACAUUCCGUCGAUGACAAAGCAGGAUGUUAGUCAUCACCAAGGUAACCAGGAGUACCGCGGUAACCGCUACGUGCAGGAAGCCAAACGUCAGCGACCAAAGUCAGCAAUCAUUGUAACCCGCAGCCAGUCAUUCAACGGCAUGGCUAACCAAGGUCGCAAGGAUGGAGCUCAAGCAGUUGUUUUGGGCGACUCAUUUCGCCACCACCGGGCAUCCCCAGUCCCACCUCCACGCCCUGUUCCAGGAGCACGAGGGGCAGUUGGCUUCAGUUUCCGGAAGUCACCCAAAGUCCCGAAGGUGCCCCGCCCUAACAGAGCCCUGCUUAUGUUCCACAGUGUCAAAAGAGGAGUCAGAGAGUUUAUAGAAGCUACCAAGGAAGACAUACAACAGUUACAGUACCGCCAGUCGGAGGGCACCUCCACAUCACAGGGAAAACAUCAUGAAACAGACAAGCAAGUUAAAUCAGCUGAGCGAUACCUCAAAAGACUAGAGUUCCACCUUGCAAAGCUGGAUGAGCUUCACGAGUUUUACCUGCUGCAACAACAGCUGAGGGAAGGUGUUCGUACAAUGCACCGAGCGUACGUGACAUCCCCUGGCAACCAGCGAAACACCCUCUCUAACGUGAAGUAUGGUUACAAGGAAUGUACGCAGAACAUGUGCAAUAUUGAGGCCCAGCUUGAGGCUAUGAUGGGAACCUUCAACUGUAAAAUGAAAGGUAUGGCGGGUUUUGCCCGGUUGUGUCCAGGGGAUGUUUUCGAGGUGACAGUUCGACAUGGCACACAGAAGUGGAAGACAAAAGGUCGCAUUGAGAAGACAGGGAACCAGAAAUGGGAUACACCGGAGUUCAACUUCAAGGCAGUUGUCGGAGAUAUCUUCAACAUCAAGGGUCUGGAAGUUCGAGCCUUCAAGUCAGUGUUACUAGGGCAGAAGAGUUGUGAGACAAAGGACCUUUUCUCGGCCAACCCUCAGUUAAUGACUGUUAGCAUCAAUGUGAAUGGAUCACUCAAACUCAGCAUUGUCAUCACCUGGAAUCCCCUUGAUGGUGUUGAUGAGUCGCAGGCGUUCAUGGAGCCACAGAUGAGAGUUUCUGGUUCAGCUGGUAGACGACGCCCUGUCUCCGUUAUAGGCCUCAAUGGGCAGUAUUCUUCCAUGGAACCAGGCCAGUCAGGUGAUGUACAAAUCAGCCAGACAAAGGAUGACAACUUCAUUCUGCGGACCAACAUGGCUUCAUCCUCCCAGCACGCCAUGCCAUCAUACCAUGGCCUGGACAGUCCCCACGUCUCCAGAUUAAGUGAGCACAUGCCUGCAGCUUAUCAACAGACGGGGCCAAUCCUGGCUCAGACAAGUGGACACAUGCAGGCCGGAUUCCACUCAAGCCCGGCAUUCAUGCCAUCAACGGACACAACUGUGCAACCACUGACAUCGUCACAAUCAACCAAUCAAAAUAGUGCUCUAGUGACCUCAAUGCCAUCUGUAUUACACUAUCCCAGUAUGACCUCACAACCCAUGCCCAGUUCACAUGGGGAUGAGAAUUGUGUGUUAAACAUUGAGGAUGUGAUUCAUAACUUAAGUUCAACCUUGGAGGAUUACCAUGGACAGUAUCCAGUGUUACAAAAGCUUGAGGAUUUAGUGAAAUUUACACAAAAGUUGAUACGAAAGCAGUUUCGGAACAGUUCCCGUUCAUCUAGUAUCAGUGUUUCGAUAGAGAGUGCCUUAGAGGCCUUCGAUUUCCUUGAGUCUGAAGAGGGCCAGGAAGAUCCUACCUCCCCUACAGACAAAUUCGUUAAGAAGGCACUUGCGACCUUCGAUUUCUUGAACAUGGAAGAUUCACCUAAAUCCCCCACAGUAGGCACGAAGACUAGUUUUGACGAUGUGUUAUGCAGCCCCGAGUCCACGGCAAAGACGGGGGACUCAGGCAUUGAGAGCCUCGCCCAACGACUCAGCGAGGACACCCAGCUGGGCUCCAGUGUUGGCUCGAGCCCGGUACCUCCGUCUACAGGCAAUGAAGAAGUGGACCAGUCGCUCCUCUACCACUUCACCUACUGUGAAAGACUACUUGAGAAUCUGGGAGCAUUUGGUCCCCUGAAGUGUCGAGAGAUAUACGCCCUGGACAAGCUGGAGAAGCAGUGUGGUGUGAUAGAGAGCCUCCUGAAUCUAGCCAAGGCCGGCCCCUCUGUAGACCUUCAUUCAGUGAUGUCAAGUAUUUGUGAGGACAAGUCCCUGCGUGAGUUCUGGGUAAAGUGUACCGACGAACACACCCUGUACAUCCACCCGGACCGCCUUCUCUCGGCCCUGGAACAAAAGUAUGCCUCCAUCAUUGCCGAGAAGUUCCUCAUUGACCAUACCAGAGUAUGUGAGCAUGUGUUGACGCGAGUGUUGGACAUUCCGGACUACAAUGCUGAGCGUGGUCGCAGCUGGUUCACCCUCACUCUUCAUCAAUUCAUGCUGUACUUCACUGAUGAGGGGGGUCUCUCACAUGUUGAGAAUGUAGCUAAAGAGAUGAAACUUGUUGAGAAGCUUACAUCAGGCAAUCCAGAUAUCGUGAUCAAGGCCAUCCUGACCCUGCGAGACUCCCUGCCCUCCUCACCCUGCCUCAAGGUCAUUGCCAUGCUCUUAGUUACCAUGGAUACGGAGGUGGAACAAUGCAUCAUUUCGUACCUCAACCUGAUCCAGAAGAAGAAGGAGGGGCGGGACAAAGCAAUGGUCACGUAUGUGGAGGGAUUGGAGGAUAGAACGCCACAGAUCAGGGCCGGGGCGUGUGCAGCUCUCGCUAUCUUGGAGGCCAGUGAGAGUAAAGAGCAGCUAGUGUACCUGUGGCAGUCAGACUCAUCACAGCUCGUGCAGAACCAGGCAAAGAAGGCCCUCCUCUCUCUUGGUGAUGAGGGACAAAAGGCAUUUGAAGACGCUCAACUGUCCAAACAUGGCUUCCAGGGUCUUCAAGUGCACAAAUGACCUGUUGCCAGGCAACUAUGACAUGGUGAUCAUAGUAACAAACACACAGUGACCUUGGCAACAUGGAUGUCGAGGCCUCCUAUUUGUUUUCAUGAGGUUUUGCCAUAUCAGCAUGGUUCAUGGCAAUAGAUACACAGUGACUAUGGCCGCUGGUCUUUCAAAGGAAACCCUUCUUUACAAGACAAUGGCAACCCUGCAACCGUGGUCAAUUGAGCUGUAAAAUGACUGUUGAUAUGGUUACAGCCCUGGUCAAGGGCCAUAUUUUUGGAGCAAUCAGAAUGUUGCCUACAAGAAACAAGUUGUGCUUUGGCAUUUAAGCAUUCCUUCUGUCAAUUAGUGCUCAUGUUGGUUUAAAUGAAGACACCUUACAGAUGGACUUUUUGGUUGUUGAAUGCUCUGUGAUUUGGUUUUACAGAGGUAGUGAUAGGACACAAUGUUCAACAUAUGCCCACAAAUGUAUUCACUUGUUAGUUGGUUCAGUUUAUGAACAAAAUGACCGUUCAACAUUGAAGAAUCAUAGCUGUAUAAUUUAUCUUAAGGGCAGUUCUGUUCAGCCUGAUUAAAUGUGCUUUUUAGUGUGUUAUAUACAUGUACUUGUAAGUAAGAAUGUUCUUGUUAAUUUUUUGUUCCAUAGUUUAUCAUAUUACAUCAUAAUCAUGAAACCAAUUGUAUCAUUUCUAUUUCAUAUUCAUGUUUUGUAAAUACAAAAUUAUUAAGAAAUAAAGCACUCUUGAUAUGUUGAAAAUGCAAUUCAUGAAGUUUGUUUAUAAAAUAUUCAUAAGAUUGUAAUAAUAAAAUUUACGAUGCUCUGUUUGUGCAUGUCUCGAUCUCAUGUCAUUUUACCACAUGGCAAAAUAUUUAGUCUAAAUUAUUUGUUUUUGCAUUUACAUGUCCAUCUCUCAUAGAAUUCAUUGAUAAAUAACAAUGGUCAAGUUUUCCAAAGAAAAAAUAUUCCACUGCAAAAAAUGUAAUUGAGUACAAUUCAUACUAAGGUACAUUUUUCUCUAGAUUUUUUUUAAUACUGACAUGAUGUUUUAUCAACACAUUCUAUGAGAAAAUAAAUGAAUAAAAACACAAGAUUUUGAAUCAUAUUAUGUUUUUAUGUGAUAAAACGACUUGAGACAGAGAUUGAGGUUUGAUUUUUGGUAUAUAUGGUAUAUUGGGGCCUGGUCACAAUAUUUCUUCCUAGUCACAAUAUGAUGAUGAAGGUGCUAGAUGCAAGGUACAUGAAGGUGCUAGAUGCAAGGUACAUGUUAUACCUCAAUUGCUAAUUAUACUUGUAAAUUCUACGAAAUCCAUACAUAUUAAAUUUCACAGCUAGAGUUAUUGAUUAGUCUGCAGUUCAAAAAUUUGUUACCAUUAGAAUUAAAAUAAAUGUUAUGUUUGUAUACUCUAAAAUGCUUUCAUAUUCAUGGAUUAUUUUUCUUCUUCAUUUAUUUUUCACACAGUGGAUUUUAAAAUAGCAGUAACUUGUUCUGUUAUUUUUAUUUCCAUUGAAUGUUUUUUAAUUACAUGAAAAUUAUAUAAAAGCCUCCAACCUUUUCUUUAAAUGUUUUUGGUUUGUAAGUCAAAUGAUUUUGAACUUUAUUUUUUUGGGAUGGCUUGAUUACACAUUGGUUACACUUUUAAUGCAUAUGCAGACACUGGGUAUGUGCUUAUUGAUCUAGUAGCCUGAUUCAUAUGUUAGCUUUGCAAGCUUAUAUAAAUCUUGCGUACAUGAAUGAAGAACUAGUGCCUCAAAUAAUUUGGCUUCCAGAAAUAACCAAAGACUACCACUCCUGUACAUGUUCACAAUCAUCAGCUUAUUGGGUAUUUUCAUUUAAUGAUGGGGGGGGGGGGGUGAAAUUGAAAUUUGAUAUUGACAAAAUUCUUCUGAAUUGAGUAUAUUGAAUCUACAAUAUACUUGAUGGUAUAAUUAUUUGUAUGGCCAGUAAUAUGUAUUCUCCAGUUACCUGUUUGUUGAUGUUUUCUUGUUAAUUUAUUGUGUAAACAAUGUACAUCGUUACAUGUAUAAUCAUUGCUUGUUCUGUUAUAAUUAAAACAUAUAUUGUUGUCAAAACUGAGGCAAUGACAUAUUCAUUUAAGAUCAAUUAGGUACAUUCCAUCUGUGUAAUAAAUGGAGAGUGAAGUCAUUAUUCAGAAAAAUAAUGAUGAUAGUGCAAGUGCUUCAUCCACAGAGAUUUCAGCAAAUGAUUACACAUUACUGGACGCAAUGUUUGACCUGUAUUUUCCAAUGUUUUUCAUGUAUUAUAUAUCAUCUGAAAAACAUUUUCCAAAGAACAUGAUUGUCAGAGAUUAUAUACUGUCUAAAUGUACAUUUAUUAAACUGUAUGCAACUCAA